AUGUGUAAUACAGUCGCUCUUAGCACAGCAUCAUUACUGCUGUUAAUAUUACUGUUAAGUUUUGGAAGAGAUACUCAUGCUAUUGCUUGUACUUAUUUGGGUGAACGACACAACAAUGGUGAUCGAUGGUUAGUUCGAUCAGCGUUUAUUAUCGAAUGUCACAUUUAUUUGAAUGGAUCUUGGCGAGCCGAUGUUGUUGCAUGUCAAACGCCGGAAGGUGUCGAAAUGCAUGACGGUGACGAGAUUGUAGAGAAUGAUAUAAAAUUCCACUGUGUAAAAUUGCCGUCGGGUGGGUAUCAGAUGCAGAAACAAUACAUCAUUCGAAAUAUUAAUUGUGAAGGGCAUCGCUUUGGAGAAUGGUGGGUCAGUAAAAGAAACUUCAACAAAACUUGCACAUCAACCGGAACACAUAUUGUGAAUUGCUUAACGGAUACCGGCAUUCCGAUUACAUUGAACACAUCUGUUACACUAAAUGGAACUCGAUAUAAUUGUAUAGCCCGUAGUGAUGGUGUAGUAACCCUAACACGUGAUUUCCCGGGAAAUUUGCGCACUGUACCAAAGACUGGACAAAUUUAUUGCAUUGUUAACGGUAUGAGGAGGAAAACUGGUGAAACAUGGGUCGAAGAUACGAAUUUUAUUAAAAAAUGCAAUGAACGGGCUGCAAUUACUGUUGAAGCUUGUAUCGCAGACGGUCUCAUCAUCGAUCUCAAUUCAAAAGUUACCCGUAAUGGUAAGCACCAAACAGAAAUUUUUGGCCGUUCCUAA